AUGUUUCAAAAGAUGAAACUUUCACUCUCGGUUCGGGUCGCAGAAGCACCCGGAUCCAAAGAAGAGACCAUCCGAUCCUUCGACGAAAUUGCCGCGCUCGCCGAUCAGCUCGGUUAUAAUGCUGUCUGCAUGAGAGCGUCGCAGGCGGGGAUACAGACACCACUCCAGCAAAUCACCGCUAUCCGCCAGAAAACCCGCCAACUCAAUCUCGCUGUGUCAAUGGUCACAGGAGAUUUCCCGAUUCCAAUCAACAACGACCAAGGUCCCGAUGCCCUACGGAACAUCACGCCUUAUCUGGAUCUGACCGACCUGUUGGGUGCCAAUCUGAUUCGGAUUGCGAUGAAAAAAGAGGAAGAUAUCAUCUGGGCGAAACGAGCAUCCGACGAAGCUCGCGAGCGAGGUAUCCGGUUGGCACAUCAGUCGCAUACGCGCAGCCUGUUUGAAACGGUGGAUGGUUCAAUUGAUAUACUCAAGCGGGUGGGGAGACAUAACUUCGGCAUCAUCUACGAGCCAGCAAAUCUAGACCUCUGUGGACAGGAUUACGGACCCGAAACACUCAAGCGGUUUUCACCUUAUCUGUUUAACGUUUACCUCCAAAACCAUAUCCGGCGUCCCGAUGGAAAGACACAUCUUGAGACGUGGAUUCGCGGGGAUGUCCCGCAUGAUCCGAUUCGCUUGCAAGAUGAAGGCGGGAUCGACUUUUCGAAUGUGUUUGAAGGAUUGGCAGAGAUUGGUUACAACGGCUAUGUGACGGUGCAUCAGGCAUUCACCGAAAUCAUGGAGCCAGAGGACGCCGCACAGCAGAGCUAUGAUUACUUGACGCAGCUUGCAGAUUUUGAGGCAAGGGCAGCGGGUUAA